GUAGCCGUGUUCAUCCCGUGACGGCCACGCCAGGGCCUGAACUCGCGUGUUCGCCGCCGUCCGCCUGGGUCUCCAGGAACGUUCCUCGUCUUCGGGCAUUUUGUGUCCGGUGCCCUGUCCUUCGGCAGGUACCCUGUUUUAUGGUCUACAGCGGCCCCUGAAUUCUGAGGGCAGCGAGGGUCCUCGUGAAGGAAGUGAUCCUCUGUCGUUUCAGGUUUCUCACACACAAGUACGGAGUUGUCUUCGUGUCCAGCCCUUUCGGGCCCCAUCAGGGAAAUUAACCUCCUCUUUGUUCAUUCACUUGUUGAGAUGCUCAUACACCGAGUGUCUUUGUGUGCUGACGCUGAGACUGGCGCUGGCAGUGCGAAGAAUUACGGAUUGUCGUCAUUCAAGGAUAUAUCUAUGGAGUUCACCUGGGAAGAAUGGCAGUUAUUGGAUUCUGCGCAGAAGCACCUGUACCGGGAUGUGACUCUGGAAAACUAUAGUAACCUGGUGUCUGUGGGGUAUCAUGGUACCAAACCUGAUUUAGUCUUCAAGUUGGAGCAAGGAGAAGAGCCAUGGAUAAUAAACGCGGAAGUUUCCCGUCAGAGCUGUCCAGAAGGUUGGAAAGAAUGGUACCAGAAAAAUCAAGAUGAACUCGAAAGUGUUGAGAGAAGCUAUGCUUGUAAUGCAUUUGGAAAGCUUCAUCUGAGCAAAAGCCACAUUUCUUCAAGACAAAGUCUCCUUAAAUAUAAUACACUUGGAAAAAGCUUGACACAAAACUUAGCUUCAGCCAGAAGCUAUCUAAGACAGAAUCCUGAUCAGUUUCAUGGGUAUGAUGAAUCAUAUUUUCUUGAGCAUCAGAGAACUCAUAGUAUAGAAAAAAACUGUGUAUGUAACGAAUGUGGGAAAGCUUUUCGUUGUAAAUCACAGCUCAUUGUACAUCUCAGAAUUCAUACAGGAGAGAGACCAUACGAAUGCACUAAAUGUGAGAGAGCCUUCAGUGCCAAGUCAAACCUCAAUGCUCAUCAGAGAGUCCACACAGGAGAGAAGCCCUACUCCUGUAUCGAGUGUGGGAAAGUCUUCUCAUUCAGGUCACAGCUCAUUGUCCAUCAGGAAAUUCACUCAGGAGGGAAACCUUAUGGUUGCAGUGAAUGUGGGAAAGCCUACAGCUGGAAAUCACAGCUGAUUUUACAUCAGAGAAGCCAUACAGGAGUGAAACCCUAUGAAUGCAGUGAAUGUGGGAAAGCCUUUAGUCUGAAGUCCCCAUUCAUUGUGCACCAGAGAACUCACACAGGAGUGAAACCCCAUAAAUGCAGUGACUGUGGGAAAGCCUUCAGGAGUAAGUCGUAUCUCCUCGUUCACAUCAGGAUGCACACGGGAGAGAAGCCCUAUCAGUGCAGGGAUUGCGGGAAGGCCUUCAGCAUGAAGACACAACUUGUUGUGCACCAGGGAAUUCACACAGGAAAUAAUCCUUAUCAGUGCAGUGAAUGUGGGAAGGCCUUCGGUAGGAAGGAACAGCUCACCGCGCAUCUGAGAGCUCAUGCGGGAGAGAAGCCCUAUGGGUGCAGUGAGUGUGGGAAAGCCUUCAGCAGCAAGUCAUACCUCGUUAUACACCGGAGAGCACACACAGGAGAGAGACCCUAUGAGUGUAGCUUCUGUGAGAGAGCCUUUUGUGGGAAAUCACAGCUAAUUAUACAUCACAGAACGCACACAGGAGAGAAACCUUACAGUUGCAGCCAGUGUGGGAAAGCCUUCUCCCAGAAGUCACAGCUGACAUCCCAUCAGAGGACACAUACAGGAGAGAAACCGUAUGAAUGUGGUGAGUGUGGGAAAGCCUUCUCCCGGAAGUCACACCUCAUAUCACACUGGAGGACACACACAGGAGAGAAGCCCUAUGGAUGCACUGAAUGUGGAAGAGCCUUUAGUGAAAAGUCAAAUCUCAUCAAUCAUCAGAGGACUCACACAGGAGAGAAACCUUUUGAAUGCAGAGAAUGUGGGAAAGCCUUCAGCAGGAAAUCACAGCUCGUCACACAUCACAGGACCCACACAGGAACAAAACCGUAUGGAUGUAGCAAUUGUAGAAAAGCCUUCUUUGAGAAAUCAGAGCUCAUUAGACAUCAGACAAUUCAUACUGGAGAGAAACCCUAUGAAUGCAGUGAGUGUCAGAAAGCCUUCAGAGAGAGGUCCAGUCUCAUUAACCAUCAGAGAACACAUACAGGAGAGAAGCCUCAUGGGUGUGUCCAGUGUGGGAAAGCCUUCUCCCAGAAGUCACACCUCUUAUCACAUCAGAUGACACACACCGGAGAGAAACCCUUUGUAUGCACUAAAUGUGGGAAGGCCUUCAGUAGGAAAUCCCAGCUUGUCAGACAUCAGAGAACUCACACAGGUGAAAAACCCUAUGAAUGCAGUGAAUGUGGGAAGGCUUUCAGUGAAAAAUUAAGCCUCACUAAUCAUCAGAGAAUUCAUACAGGAGAGAAACCCUAUGUGUGCAGUGAGUGUGGGAAAGCCUUUUGUCAGAAGUCACAUCUCAUUUCACAUCAGAGGACUCACACAGGAGAGAAACCCUAUGAAUGCAGUGAGUGUGGGAGAGCCUUUGGCGAGAAGUCAAGUCUGGCAACUCAUCAGAGAACACACACGGGAGAAAAACCUUAUGAAUGCAGGGAUUGUGAAAAAGCCUUCUCCCAGAAGUCACAGCUCAACACUCACCAGAGAAUUCACACGGGAGAGAAACCUUAUGGAUGCAGUCUUUGUCAGAAAGCUUUCUUUGAGAAAUCAGAACUAAUUAGACAUCAGAGAACUCAUACAGGAGAAAAACCUUAUGAGUGCAGUGAAUGUAGGAAAGCCUUCAGGGAGAAGUCAAGUCUCAUCAAUCAUCAGAGGACACAUACAGGAGAGAAGCCCUUUGAAUGCAGCGACUGUGGCAAAGCCUUCUCUCGGAAGUCGCACCUCAUACCACAUCAGAGAACCCACACAGGAGAGAAACCUUAUGGUUGCAGUGAAUGUAGGAAGGCCUUCUCUCAGAAGUCACAGCUUGUUAAUCAUCAGAGAAUUCAUACCGGAGAGAAACCUUAUCAAUGUAGUGAAUGUGGGAAAGCCUUCUCUCAAAAGUCACAGCUCAUUAAUCAUCGGAGAACUCAUACAGUAAAGAAGUCCUAGGAAUGGCAUUAACACUAGUUUUUGACAGAGAUCUUAACUGCAUUGUACUUAAGAGGAUGCAGUUAUGGUAAAUCUUCCAGGUAAUAGUCGCAUCAUGUUACAUGUCUGAGUCCCCGUUUAGGGAAAGGACUCUAAGUGAGGUUCAGCAGAUUAACGUGUUUAUUAUUACAUGUUAAAAUGCAUAGAGGAGAAUGACCCUAUGAAAUGCAGUGGAUUUUAAAAACCUUUCAAACCAUACUCAAACCUUACACAGCAGAGAACUAACAGCAAAGAAGAAUGCUGUGAAUAUCAGGAAGGCUUCCAGAGAUCAGAUCUCAUUAGCUGUCAGAAACAUCCCCACUGGGAAUGAAUCCUAGUCCAGUGAGUUAAGGAAAACUUCAUGAACACAGCAAGUGAGGUAAUAUUUUCAUCAAGAAAUGAAGCUCAUUGUACACAAAAAGAUGCCCUCAGGAAUGAAAAUCGAUGAAAAUACUAAAUAUGGGACAAUCUUCAGCAAGUAACCCCACCAUAUUGUAUUCUGUGGGUAAACCUAACAAUUUAAAAACAUUAGAAAUAUGUGCCCCUAAAAAUAAUGCUAUAAUGGAAAGCCAUGCAUUCUUUAUAGACAUGGGUACCAAAAAUACCCAAUUCUAAAUGAUAUUUAGGCAGAAGUAUGUUUUUAAAAAUAUGUGACUAAAUUGAAUCACUGGAAUAUCUAAAUGAGAAAUUUCUCAGUGGUAUGUAAUUGUGGCUUAUUUUCCUGUGUCACAUAAUGUGUUUUGUAUUUAGGAAUUGUGUAUGGUAAUGUAAUUGGGAGCAUGAGAGGCACAUGUCUUGUAGUGCCUCUGAUGUCUUUUAAGACACACCACAUACCACUGGUUUUUCUAUUUUAAUGUUACUAUAAAAAUAGUAACUCAUACAUGUCUUGUUUUUCAGUAAGUAGCAUGGGUAGUAUCACCACAUUUCCUUUUCCUUAUGAUUUGUUGGUUUAUAAAAGGGUCUAUUGUUGUUACUGACCUUUCUCUUUAGUAACAAAAGCCAACAUUAUAUAAAGUCUUUUGCAUCCCCAGAGUCUGAGAAGCAGUUUAUACAAAAACCUGGUUAACAAGUAUUCAAGGGCAGAACCGCAGAACAGCACAAGUGACUCGUGAGCAGAGGAGAGAAGGUGUGUGGACUCUGCGCUCACCCUAAACGGUGGGACCCUCUCCUCACAGAGUGCGGUGCCCCCUGGUAUCGUAAGUGCCAUGUCACCCAAGUACAACUUGUAUUUUAACUUACUGUGAUGAAAUAGCAUGGAUAUUGUGUGCUAUUAUGUUUUUUGUGUUCUGUAAAAUAUCUUGUAAAAGAAUUAGAUGCAGAAACCAGUUAUUUGAGAAUUUUGUGGUGAGAAGUAUAUUUUUGACGUAUUCAAGGAAGCCUAUUUUGCCUUCCUGCAGAUUUCUGUGAUUAGUGGACAAGUAUUAGGAAACAGGUUUUUUAUUAUUUCAUCAUUUGAAAUAUUUGUGUUUCACUGGCCUUUCACCUGUUACAUCAUGCACACGGGAAAGUUACCAUUGCUAUAAGUGCGGUUCCUUUUGAAAAUGCAUGAACUAUUCCUGAGCUUAUUUAGAAUUUUGUAGUAAUCUCUCUAUAAUGUUGCUUGACAAAGUCAACUGUAUUUUUUGUGUGAUGGUGAAAUUCAGAAAAGUCCAGGAUUGGCCUUGUUUCCAAACUUGUAAAAAUCAGGCCUUCUCUCAUGCAUAAGUUGUUUUAUCAGUGUGGUGUAUGGUACCUUUGAUUCUAGCAGUAUUUUUCCCUCUAAUUACCGAUUUUACAUCAUGGUUGGAAAAUUGGGACUUUUAAUAAAUGAUAAUAAUUUUGUGACCCAUUGUUCCAGAAUUUCAACAGCCAGAUUAUCCUUUUUUUCCACAUGGUAAUUUUUAAAAGUCCCAUUUCCCAAAUUUUUAUUCAUACUCAAAUUUAUGGACUUCCUACUUUUCUCCCUAAUAACUGAAGGUCAUUUUACCAGGUGGGGGAACAAGUAGUUACACUGUGGUGUCUUACUUUGUGGUUUUUUUCCAUUUUUUCCUUUCCAUCUAUCCUGGGUCUCUUUCCUCAGCCUAGAGGUUGAUUUGUUAGGUCUUGGAUUGAGCUCAGGAGUCUGUUGUCUAAAAACUUUCUAAUUUUGCUCACUCCUAUUCUAGAUUAUUCUGUUAACUACUAAGUACUUAAGCUUAGAACUUCCUUUAUGAGUUGAUGGAACUUCAGCACUAACCUCUUGAUUGAAUCCCAAGAGCAAAUGUGUUUUCUAAGGGUCUGUUGUUAGUCAUCAGGAGGGCUGAUGUUGGCAGCAGAGGUUUUGUUUAUCAAAGUACCUGAGGUGGAGACCCAGGUGUGUUGUGUAGAAUUCACUGGGAGCUCUCUCUUCUGAAGGGUCACAAGAGGGCUCUGAUUCUGAAAUUGGAGAUUCUUAGUGUCGUGUUUUAAAAUUACCUUGGUAAACCACAAAAAAAUGUGUCUCCACAUUUCCUGUCAUUGAGUCCUACCACAAACUCCACAUCAAGAGGAAAGCCACUUUUAAAGUUAGACUGGAUUUACUUGCAGUUUCAUGAAGCACAAUAAAUUACAGUGAGAUUGAAUACAUGAGGGGGAGCAUCUCCUUUCCUUUCCUCUUUCACCACCCAGUUCCCUCCACUGGCCUGGGGACGAUCCUGCAGAGCACAAUUUCUGUUGUAUCCCUUUUACUAAGUAGUGGAUCUUCUGGAGGUCCCAUCUGUGAAUUUUGAGACCUGUCUCAGGACUGCCUUGUGUUCAGCCUUUCUUUGUGGGCUUUGAUAUCUUCUGACAGUUAUCUGUAUGGGUCCAUGUGUUCCUGAUAUUUUGGUUUCAAGAACAGCACUUGUAGAGCCCCGAAAUAAAAUGAACCUAAAGAAUACCAGAUUUAUCUACCAAUACCUGUAUUACAUAGCAGAAUAUACAUUCAUAGACAUUUGGAUUCGACACUUGAGACCUCAGUCAUUUGGUCAUUUAUUCCAGCAGUAUGUGCCCAGGAUGUCAAUUUCAAUGAGUUUGUUAGUCUACAAACAUGGUACCAACAAGCUUUCAGAUGUUGAGCACCUAGUCCUGGCCUACAUGCUGAUAAACUAACUCAACCAUGACCCUUGCAGCUGUAUGCAUAUUUUUUGCCCCUUUACUUUCAUCCUUUUUUAGUCCAUUUUCCACACUUAUACAUAGUAGUUAUUUUAAGAUGCAAUUCUGAUUAUAUACUCCUGUGCUGAAGUGUCGUGUGGCUAAUUGUGGACUGAAGAUGUAAUAUCCUGUGGUACAUGAGGACUUUUACCCAUCAUUUCUGAAUACUUUAUCUUUCCUCUUACACAGUAGUUUUUUGGCUUUCUUGAACUACUCGCAGUUCCUUGAGAUUUCUACAAUCUCAUCGUAUGCUUUUUGCAAAUCUACUGCCAGUGAAAUGCCCUUGUUACUUGUUAAUGCCUAUUCAGCAUAUGUGAACGUGUACAUGUAUUUGUCACUGGUGAUAUUAUCAUUGCAUGUUUUAUCUUUUCCAUUAGAAAGCUUCUGGAAAGCUGGGACUAUCUUGUUUGUCUGUAUAAUUUUAGCAACUGAAGCUUUAGUACAUAAAUGUGGGUGGUGUCAGUGGCUGUGUUUUCUACCACAUGGGGAAGUGUAGUCUGCAAUGAGAGAGAAGAGUGAAGCCACCAUGGAAGCAAAGUCAUGAGCACCCUGGCUGCGCCCCAGGAUCUGGUUCUUGUCUUGAUGUCCGGGUUCAUCUCUGCCCUUUUUCCGGCCUUGGUUGUUGGAUUGUCCUGUGAGAUAUCCCAAACAUCCUUCUAAUAAAUCCCCAUGUUUGC